UAAAUAAGUCACUGAAACACUGACCGAACAAGUUCAAAGUCCCGAUUUAUUUUGAUUUUCUAGCUGUAUUAGUUUAUUUGUAAAAUGUUAAAGAACUUUUCAAAAAUUAUUCAAACGCUUGGUCCAGCUCCGGCUACGGUGAGACAAUCAAGAUGUAUCGCCUCCCUCUCAGCUUUAUCUGAUACUUACCAAAUGCUUUAUAAAACUUGUCGAGAUUUCGCUGAAGGAGAAUUAAAGCCUAAUGCUGCGAAAUAUGACCGCGAUCAUUUAUAUCCUGGGGAGGCAAUAAAGAAAAUGGGUGAGCUGGGGCUGAUGGCCAUAGCUGUGCCAGAAGAGCACGGCGGCGCCGGUCUAGACUACCUCGCAUAUUCCAUAGCCCUCGAAGAGAUCUCACGAGGCUGCGCAUCGGCCGGAGUCAUCAUGUCCGUUAACAACUCCCUUUAUUUAGGGCCAGUGAUGCACUGGGGCAAUGAUAAACAAAAGGAACAAUUUGUUACACCAUUCUGCACAGGUGAAACUAUUGGUUGCUUUGCCUUAUCUGAGCCUGGUAACGGCUCUGAUGCAGGUGCAGCAUCUACUACAGCUAAAGAUGGUGGUGAUAAGUGGGUCCUAAAUGGAACUAAAUGUUGGAUUACAAAUGGUUUUGAGAGCAAAGCCAGUGUGGUAUUUGCUACUACUGACAAGAGUUUAAAACAUAAGGGAAUCUCAGCUUUUAUUGUGCCAAAGCCUAUCAAAGGUUUAGAAUUAGGUAAAAAGGAGGAUAAAUUAGGAAUUAGGGGAUCAUCUACAUGUUCCUUGAUGUUUGAAGAUUGUGAGAUUCCUAAAGAGAAUAUUCUGGGUCAGCCUGGGCUAGGAUUCAAAAUAGCAAUGAUGACAUUAGAUGCUGGAAGAAUUGGUAUUGCUUCACAAGCCUUAGGCAUUGCACAGGCAUCAUUAGAUGUGGCAGCUGAGUAUGCCUCGAAACGAACAGCCUUUGGCAAACCUAUAAUGAAACUACAAGCAAUACAGAACAAACUAGCUGACAUGGCACUGCAACUGGAAGCAGCACGCCUGCUUACGUGGAGGGCCGCAUGGCUGAAGGAUAAUAAGAAGCCAUACACCAAGGAGGCUGCUAUGGCCAAGCUGGCGGCGUCAGAGGCGGCGACGUUCUUAUCACAUCAGUGUAUUCAGAUCUUAGGUGGCAUGGGCUAUGUGUCUGACAUGCCUGCUGAGAGACACUACAGAGAUGCGAGGAUUACAGAGAUCUAUGAAGGAACAUCGGAAAUACAGAGGCUUGUUAUAGCAGGGCAGCUGAUCAAGGAGUAUGGACUCAACUAAGUGUGUCACUAGACCUUUACUGUAGUUGUAAGCACAAGUACAAGAUUUAUAACCUUUACAUCAAUUGUAAUUAUAUCAUUUGGCCCUUAUUUAUUAUAUUUAAGCCUCAAUAACACCUCAUUAUAUAUUUUAGAGCCAUUGUACACUACUUUUAUAAAA